AUGCACAAUGCCAACAAUGCUAAUUUGGAUGGUGCAAUCAUUCUACCCAAUCAUAAACUCGACCUGAAGACAGCCCUUAAAAAGGGAUUUCGAGGUCUUAACAUGGACGUUGGGACGUGUUUCGACAAGGUUACUUUACUUCAUGCUUCAUGUCUGUUAAAGACAAAAAUUCCGAUCAAGAUUGUGAUGAAAGAAAUCUUGAGCUUUCUAGACGACAAUCCCAACGAGGUUAUAAUUCUACCUACCGAAAUCCCUGAAGACUCCUUUCUUCUUGGCCCACCCCCCACACUUGCCCAAGUCGAUGAAGUCUUUCAAAGCGUAGAUGGGUGGAAGGAAAAAAUGUACGAUCAUCCAGGACCUGGGAAUGCCUGGCCGACUUUGCAAGAGCUUAUUGAUACCGACAAACGGAUCAUAUAUUUCUUCUACAGAGGAGAAAGAUGUACCAAAGGAGUCGACUGUCCCGUGGGCUUUCAUCCUUGGUUUGAUUACGCCGCCGAAACACAGUUCAGUUUUCCCUUUAUUUGGUCAUUUGAUGACAAAGCGUAUGCCUGCGAAAUCACCCGAGGGGGCUCGGGAACAAGAGACUUUUUUGGUGUCAACGUCUUUACCACCCCUGCUCGGUUCUUCUCUCCAAUUUUACGAGUCCACAAGGCUGACUUCUUACGCACUCAUCUGCAAGCAUGCAAAGAUCUCAAUGGAGGCCUCCAGCCCAAUGUAGUUUUGGUCGACUUUUGGAAAGUUGGCGACGUGAUGAAGGUGGUCGACGAACUCAAUGCGGCGUUAUGA